ACCACGAUCGCCCAGUCUUGCUCUUGACCCAAAGACAGAGGCGCGCUCUUUGGAACACCAAACGACUUUUUUGAAGUUCGUUCUAUCAAAGGAUUUUUAUGAUUCGUUGAAGGCCAGAUGACGUGACCAAUCUGGACCUUGGGCCAUCCCGAGGAUUUAAUAGGAAACUUAUUUUUUAGUUUGUUUGUGCGCGGACGGACAGGUCAUUUCCGCAUGUUUCCCUCUACAGAUGUGGACAAAUGGUAUGCCCGGAGGGCGACUUGUCUGUUGAACCACCUUGUGGUGCGGUAUUGGUGUGGUAUGAUAUAUUUGCUAUGUAUCAUCCGGAGCAUAUCAAUCUCUUGGUGGACAGAGACGUUACGUUUUUUAACGUUUUCGUUGGUGCUACAUUGCAUAGGAUUCUUCCAGAUCUGCUCGGCGACAUCAUCACCCGGUCGGCCGGAGUUCCUAGCAGUGUCAGGAGAGCUGGCCGCUCUGCCCUGCAACAUCUCCACCCCACUGGCAGAUGACGCCGCUUCUCUCAUCCUGUGGUACCGGGAGGACCUCCCCAAUCCCAUCUACACCCUCGACAUCCGCAAAGUGGCGCUAAAGAAGGCGCGCCACUUCCCCAGCUCCGAGAUGGAGGGCAGAGCUUAUUUCGACAUCAGCGUCCACCCGCCCCUGCUCAAAAUCUUCCCCAUUCGGAAGUCCGACCAGGGGGACUACAAAUGUAGGGUGGACCUCAGGCGUUCCAGGACCUUCAUACACUACAUCCGUCUCAAAAUAAUAGUGCCUCCCAAAGUUGUGAUAACGGACGAACAUGGUCAAACAAUGCAGGACGUCAUAGGACCUUAUGACGAAGGCUCAUCAGUAUCAUUAUUUUGUGAAGCUUCAGAUGGUGAACCGCUGCCUUCUCUGACGUGGUGGAAAGGCAACAUCCUCAUAGACGACACUUACAACAUCACACCACAAGAGGUGGUGAGAAAUGAACUUUUACUCACAGACCUACAGAGGUCGGACCUCCUCGUAGAAAUCACUUGUCAGGCUUCGAAUACGAAUCUUACCAAGCCCCGAGUUGGAUUAGUCAUGCUAGAUUUAAAUUUAAGACCUCUUGAAGUGAAAGUAAUGCCCCGGCGUCGACCUGUAUCCGUUGGGUGGAUCGCACAGCUGACUUGUGAGGCAAGAGGAGCACGACCUCAAGCGGAAUUGACUUGGUGGAGGGAAGGUAAAGAGGUUGAAGGAACCACCGAAACAGUUCUGGAAGACGGAAACCUGACCAUGAGCACAUACGCUUUUACACCCAAAGCUGAAGAUAAUGGAAAAUCGUUGAUGUGCAAAGCUACCCAUGCUACUUUGGAAAUGGAACCCAUUUCAGAUACCAUUACUUUGAAUGUGCACUAUGCUCCACAGUUAAGAUUAGCUCUCGGGACUAGCAAUCAGCACUCAUCAAUCAAAGAAGGCAAUGACGUAUAUUUCGAAUGCAACAUCAAGGCUAAUCCUGCUGUCACUGAGGUAACCUGGUACGCUGACGACGAGCAGCUCGUCACCAAUAUCUCCCGGGGCAUACAUGUAAACAACCAAUCACUGAUACUUCAAAAAGUGGGGCGAGAAAACAGAGGAAUGUACCGCUGUCAAGCGACAAAUACUGAAGGAGAAGGAGAAAGCGAUGUUGUCAAGUUGGACAUUCAAUAUUCACCAGUGUGUCGAUCUUCUGAUACCACCACCACAUUUAACGUUAUCCAAGGAGAAAUGGUUAACAUAACUUGUGACGUAGACGCCGAACCAAGACCAAAUGCAUUUCAAUGGACUCUCAAUAACACGAUACGAGGAACGGUAGACUUGAAGAGAAGACACCCAAGGACUUUUCACAUUCUUCACUAUGUACCUCGAUACCUUGGAGACUAUGGAACUAUUAUGUGCUGGGGAAAGAACAGUGCUGGGGUGCAGAGAGUCCCUUGUAUAUCUCACAUUGUACCUGAAGGUGAGGUGACAACCGAUAUGGGCGUCUUGGCACCUUCCACGGAUGAAGAGGAAGCAGAAGGGGAGGGCAAGGGUCAGCAGUCCGGCUUCGUUAUGUCUCCAGCGGUGGGUGUCUUGGUGGGCGUCGUGGUUGCUCUCGUCGUCAUGGCACUCAUCAUAGUCAUCGUCAUGAGGGUGCAGAGUCCUCCGCCCACUAGAAGAACUUACUUUGAAGAAGAAAAAUUUAAAUAUCCCUCACCAAUCAAGAAAGAGCCAAACGAUAGUUUAGUAGAUGGGAACGAGAAAAGCCCAGACAUAAUUCCUCUUCCAAACGAUAUUGAAGUGUACGCAACUACUGUUGCUGUCGAAAUGUGCUCAACUUCCCCCAGACUUCCCAAGCAAUCGGCAGAAGUUUACUACACAGUCGAAAGCCAGACGUGUGUUUAACGGAGAUUCACGUCAUUAGUUGGAUUUGUAGGAUUUUCCUGACAACUCAAAAGGCUCAUCCAAAAAGGUUUGCUCUGCUUUCGAGGUGAAACUGAAUGGAAUCCGUUGUUUUGUUGCCGUUCCCUGUGAUGAAAAUUGCCCAUCGAAUGAACCAGUAUGCUCUCUUAGAAGGUUUGCGGCUUCGGCUUUAGUUUUACUGACAGACCUACAUUACAAACCUCGAACGCUGCCUUAUUACGACUGACAACUGUCACACACAAACUCUAGCUGAUACAUUCCCACUGAUCUAUAGCAGAUCUCUCAAUACAGUUGUCGAAUAUCAUGAUCAAUACAGACUUACAUGCAGUUGUACAUAGAAAGUGUAUAAAAAAGAAUAAAUAUUCGGCCUGCUCAUUGUAAAUAACAUUUU